AAUGCCCAGGAUGGGGUCCAAAGGUAGGGUUCAGGCACAUGAGAAAAAUGUUGAAAGGAAUCCCCAGUGGUGGAAAAAGGGUGAGGGAAGAAGGACAUGGAAGAACAGAUUUAGUGUGAGGAAGGAAGUUUCCAAGGGUGUACAACAAAUAGUAGUAGGCUUGCUCAAGCUGGCAUGAGGCAGAUCUAAUGGGAAAUAAUGAGAAUAGGGCCCCUGACAUCCUCAGAACUGUCCUGUUAGAGAUUGCUGCCAUGGAUGUGAAAUAUGUGUGAGGUGGGGAGUGUGUGUGGGUGAAAAGGCAUCAGAAUGCUGUUCUGCUCCAUGAGAUAGAUUUGACAAGGGAAGCAGAAAUCCAAUCUAUGAGAAAGGUAGUGGAAGCAAACUUUCCUCAGUGUAAGGAGGCAGGAGCUGAUCAUUCUUGGUGUUUCUUUCCAUCUGUUCAUCUCACUGUACCUUGUCCAGGCACAUCUUGGGGCCACCACACAUGCUUCCACACUCUCUGGUCCCUUUUACUCACCUUCUGGUCAACAUAGUCUAUGAGCUUCUCAGUAAGCAAUGCAGGGUGUGCUCAAGGGAGAGCUGUGCUGGGCAGUCUGGAUGUGCCCUUGUUCUCGCUGCUGUCAAUUGGUGAUGUGGUGCAGGCAGUCUCCCAGAAUUUAAGAGCGUCAGGUGCUGAAGGCCCAUAACUGUGCCACCUUCCUCUACAGGAGGGCUGGUGGCAAAAGCCACCCACUCCAGAAUGGAAGAGCUGUUGAGGAAACUGCUCUCCCAGACGAGCAGGCCAAGCGUCCUAGUGCUUAGUCAGACAACAGUGUCUUGUGGGGAUCCAUUCCAGCAAGAGACAAAGAGGGUGUGUGGGCUUGCAGAUGCACAUCCUGCUACCUGUGAGUGGUGAAGAUUAUUUCCUGAGUUGCAGGAUUUGUACAAUCCAGGCUUUGAAUUGUUACUGUUUACUUAAGAAAGAAAUCACUAUGGGAAUUACCCUUUGUGUAACUGAGACCGUUUGUCAGUAAAAUGUGAAUUGGGUGUUGCAACUCCUGCCUUGUGCUAAGCUGGCAGACACUGGAGCAGCCAGUUUCUCUGCUUGUAAAGGUUUGUGCCCCAGAGAAAAUGGAGCAGACAAGGUAAAACAACCUCAUGGAGAGAUUUCUCUAAUCAACAAAGUUCCAAGACAUGAAAAACCCAACUAAACAAGAUCAUUCAUCAAGCACAGAGCAAAAAUGUGCUGCCAAGUUUAUCAGAUAUGAAUACAGAACAAAAAACAAAACAAACCUUCAUGCUACCCAAGGCUUGUCUCUGUAUCUCACUGACUGUGUAAGGACAGAUUCCUAGAACUGACUCAGUAACCUUAACAGGAGUAGGUUCUAGUGACCUUGUCUUUCCCAGAUCACCUCGUUGGGUAUUUCAAGGUGCCCAGAGGACCUGUAAACUGUCUGAAGUCACUGACACACAGCUUUCUGCCUCCAUGGUGCAUGCCUGGGAACCUCAAGUUCUCAUAGGAUACCUGCUUAUAUCCUUGGGCAAAUAGAGGGUCACAUCAGGUGAGAACAUCUGCCAGGGGCUUCCCUUUUUUUACCCUUUUGCAGGCUACAUUUUAGUUAGACAAAGUGGAGUCUGCACAGACAGAGAAAACUGGAUACUGUCUUCAUAGGACUUGCUCAUUUAUUUUCAUUACUGGGAAAGGUAAAGUUCCCUGUCUUACACUCUGCUCUGGUCCCCUGGUGAUUGUUGCUUGGUGGUCUAGGGGUCCCAUAACUGGUGUUUAGCUGUGUGAUCUGAGUAGUUCUGUGACACAAAAUUAGACUGCACUCUACUAGCCUUCCAUGCAGUUUGGCAUGUUCUCUGGAUCACAGGGUGAGAACAAUCUGUACACAGUGUUAAUGCCACGUGAGCAAGGCACGCUCCUCUGUGCCUGAGGUGGGCAGGCUGGCUGUGUGCUGGGGUCAGAGGAAAGCACCAUCUCAGGUGACAGGACUGCAGUGAACAACUGAGUCAGGGCAGUGUCUGAGGACUGAAAGGGAACACUAAAGCUAUGCAGGGGCUUUGUGCAAGGCUGGAUAUCAAAAAGAAGAAGGAAGUGGUGAGGGUCUAAAGGAUAAUUACCUCAGUUUUUCUCAUCCUUGUACCUAUUUCUGCCACUUCUUUGGCUUUGAUUACAAAGAGCUGUCCUAUAGCUUGUUUAAAAACCUUCCAUUGCCAAUGGCUCUGGUGCAACUGGUAAAUGGGUGUGCAGUGCUGGAGACGUGUGUGGAGGCAAGGGGUGAACAAAGGCUUGGAGAUGUGUGUGGAGCUGCUGGGGUCAUGCUGAUGUGGUCUGGGCAGCGCUGGGCAACGUGCUGAGUAGGCAUGAAACCAUUUCCCUCCCUGUUGUCUUAGUGAUGUCCCGUCCCCAUUUCUACCCUUCAAGCUCCCCUGCCCUUCUUGAGGAUUUUCCCUUCGCAGCAGGGCACUGCUGAGGUACUGCUGCCUGAGUGGAGAGCCUUUAUCAGCCUCUUGGCCCCAGUGCUUGGUCACAAGGUUUCCCAGAAUAGAACAGCUGAAACUUGAGUUGUGCCCAGCCUGAGCCAAAGAGCGGGGUGUGAUGUGUCCCCCCGCCCUGUGGGACAUCCUGGGCUGGCAGGCAGACCCUCGGCCCAAACACAGGCUGUCGGUGGGGCUGUGCCUCAGAGCCCGGCUGGGGUGCACCAGCAGGUCCUGCCCUGGUCUCUGGGGCAGGUCUGGUUGGUUGUUAUGGACAGCAUCACGGGCAGAAGAGAUGAGAGGCAGCAGCCCAUCCGCACGCAGCAGGCCGAUGGCCCUGCCCAGGUGUUCUGGCAGGCCCUGCUGGCUGGGGAUCAGGGGACUGUAGCCGAGAUCCUCAGACAUCCUCACAACAACCUGAGCCCCAAUGCUUUGUUUGACACCAGUGACCUGGAAGAGUGGAAGAACUACCGCUUCAACCCCCGUGGGCUGAGACUGUGGUCACUGAGCUAUCAGCAGGAGCUCACCACGCCUCUGCACAUCACGGCCAGCCGUGGCUACACCGACUGCCUGCGGCUCCUGCUGCUCCGCGGCGCUGCCGUGGACUUUGCUCCGGGGGGCAAGACUGCCCUGCACGAGGCUUGUGCAGCUGCCAGCACUGACUGCGUGCGCCUGCUGCUCAGCUCUGGAGCUGACCCUGAGGCUGUCUCCGAGGAUGGCUACAGGCCCCUGCACCUCUGCAAGAGCUCUGACUCCAUUGAGUGUGUCCGACAGCUGCUGCAGCACGGUGCCAGUGUGAACAGUCAGACGGAGGAGGAGAACGACACAGCGCUUCACGUGGCAUCACGGCACGGCCUGGCAGAGCAUGUCCAGCUGCUUCUGCACCACGGGGCUGAAUUGGAGGUCAAGAACAAGGAGGGGCAAACACCACUGAACGCUGCCUGUGCUCAGCACCAUCAGCCCCAGGACAUGGACCGCUACUACCGGGUCUGCCAGCUGCUGGUGGAGAGCGGUGCCAGUAUCAACACCGCAGACCGGGACCGGCAGCACCCGCUCCACCUGGCCUGCAAGAAUGCCAACGCUCAAAUUGCAGAGUUACUGCUGGCACGGGGUGCCAAUGUCAAUGUCAUGAACUACGGUGGCAACACAGCCCUGCACAACAUCCUGCAGGUAGCUGCCUACAAGCUGGAGCAUCGCCCGGAGCUCGUGGUGCGAGCGCUGCUCAACCACGGAGCCGUCCGCAUCUGGCCGGGCUCCCUCCUCAAGGUGCUGCGGUACUGCCACACCUGCCCGCGUGUCAUCGAGGUCCUGGUGAACAGCUACAGCCACGUGCGUGUCUCUGAGGACUGGGUGGAAGCAGUUCCAGUAGAGGUUGUACAGAAAUACCCAUGUUUCUACCGGUCGCUUUUCUCCCUGGGGCACAGACCUCGCUCCUUGCAGCACCUGGCUCGCUGCGCUCUCAGGAUCCUCCUGGAAGGCCGGCUGCUUCUGGUCCUGUCCCAGCUACAUCUGCCAAGUGCCCUGCACCAGUUCCUGCUGCUUGGCUUUGAGGACGUUCUCUACUAGGGGUGGCAGCUCCAGUCCUGCUGUGCCUCUCUGUGCAGAUGUUCCAUCCCUGCCAAUGCAGUCUGUGCUUUCCCAACUACCCCCUUCCCCUCACCCCACUCCUGCCUGGCCACACCAGCCCCCUGUGCCAAGCCUGUUGCUGUGUCCCAGUCCCAGCCAGCCUUGUACUCUGCAUCUUGUGCCUGUUUUGGAGCAUUCUGUUUGUCCAUACUAAUCCAGACAGACUCCAGGCCAACAAAAGGAGGUAUGGGACUUAGGGCAUGUUGUGGUACAAGGAGGAAUGACACUGCAUGGAUCACAGGCUUAGUAGUAGGGUAUCAGUUUCCCUAUCCCAAACCCAAAUACUCUAGCCUGUACUAGGCAGCUCUGGUACACUGGGUGAUUGCUGUGAUGCUGUCUUUACUAAAGUUGCUUAGUCUAUACCCAAAGGUGUUUAGAAUAAAUCCUGUUCUUUAUACCUA